ACCCCGGCGAACUGUAUGGUAGUGCCCAAUGCUCCGGCUGCCCCCGGGCUGCAGGAGGACGAGGAUGACGACGAGCUACUCCUGAUGACUUCCUCUAUGAUGAUUCCGCUUAUGUCCCCACCGGUCACCGCGGAGCAGGGUGUGCUGCAGACCUUCUUUACUCACUUGGGAAACCUCUCUUACGACAAGGCCAAGGAUCACGUGGAGAAGGAGAAGGAGGCCAACAAGAAUGCUGGCGCCUCCUGGUGCUCCAUGCUGGCAGCCCUGGCACAUCUGGCCGCGGCGGAGAAGGCUUAUCACAGCAUGAGCUUUAUGGGACAGAAACCGGGUGGACAGUCAUUCUUCAGUAGAAAGGAUUCCAUCAGAACCAAUUAUACCUCCUUGUACAAUGAACUGAAGAAAGUGGUGACCACGGGUAGGAAUGCUGUUGGAGGGACAGCUCCUCACUUGGAAGAACUGCUGUCCCACAUUUCAGAGCAGCUGUGCUUCUUUGUUCAGGCGCGAAUGGAAAUUGCUGACUUCUACGAGAAGAUGUAUACUUUGAGCAGCCAAAAGUUCAUCAACUCAGAGGAGCUGGUCAGCAUUUUGGAUACCCUCUUGAAAAAGUACAGCGCAAGGUUUCACCACCCUAUAUUGUCUCCACUAGAAAGUGUAUUUCAGCUUGAAUUGGACGUUCUUGGUCAUCUUCUGAAAGCCCAGUGUUUGAUUUUUGAGUGGAAAUUUCUCUUGUCAUUGGUAAACUUGCAUAAUGCCCACACAAAACUACAGACUCUGGGUCAAAUAUUUGAGAAACAAAAAGAAACAAGGAAACAUCUGUUUGGAGGACAAUCUCAGAAGGCCGUUCAGCCUCCACAUCUAUUCCUUUGGCUUAUGAAAUUUAAAAACCUUCUUGUGGCCAAGUUUAGCUUUUACUUCCACGAGGCUCUUAGUAGACAGACAUUGGAGAUGAAGACACUUACAGCUAAAACAAAUCCAGACUAUUUUGGUAAAAUCUCAAGCUUUAUUAGAAAAUAUGAUGCUGUCAAUGUCUCCUUAAUUUUUGACAAUAGAGGCUCAGAUAGUUUUCAAGGUCAUGGUUAUCACCAUCCAGAUUCGUACAGGGAAGCACCCAAAGGUGUAGACCAGUACCCAGCGAUAGUGUCUUUGCCCAAUGAUAGACCUGUAAUGCACUGGCCUAACGUCAUCAUGAUAAUGAGCGACAAGAGUUCUGACCUCAAUACUUUGGAAAAGGUUGUCUACUUCUAUGACGAAAAAGUUCAAAGCACAUACUUUAUGACGCGCCCCGAGCCACAUUUUACAAUUGUGGUGAUUUUUGAGUCAAAAAAGUCAGAGAGAGACUCCCAUUUCAUUUCUUUUCUCAAUGAACUCUCCCACUCUCUGAAGAGCUCCAGAGUGUUUGCAAGCUUGAAGCCCGGUUCCAAAGGUUGAAAUCAAUCUGCACAGAUUUAGGGGAGCCAGGAAGCUUAUCAUUGGAUGUCACCAAAAA